UAUGGGCUGCCCAAAGCAAAAAUAUUUACUAGGUUUAAAAUGAAUUGUUAACGAUUUCAACAUUUACCUAUCGUUCCACAACCACGUUCGAUUUUAAUUUAAAAAAAAAAGCGUUAUUCUAACAUAUACAAUUGAUUACAGAUUGACAAAGAGAGAGAAUAAUGUCUUUGGAUGAGAGAUUCAAUGAAGCCGCUGAGCGGGUGAAAACAUUGACCAAACGACCAACCGACCAAGAAUUACUUCAAUUGUACGCUUUUUUCAAGCAAGGCUCAUUCGGUGACAAUAAUACGAGCAAACCUGGAAUGUUAGACUUGAAAGGGAAAGCCAAGUGGAAUGCAUAUUGGGAGAAAAAAGGGAUGAGUCAAGAUAUAGCCAAAGAAAAGUACAUUGCCUUUGUUGACGAGCUUAUGGAGAAAUACAAAGAAUAAGAGAAAAUUACGUUGUUCGUUAUUUGAAUUGCAAAAUAAAAUGUUUUUAACAGGUUGAA